AUGACGAAGCUUCGUGAACUGAUAUACCAAGAGCGGUUUUAUGUGGAUACGAUGACCAACAUGAAGCAGUUUAUGGAACGGUUUGACGCCGAUCGGGAUAAGCACCAACUGGAGGGAUGGAAGCAACGGAUAGAAACGGUUUAUAAGGAAUUCCAGAUUAACCGCCUGAGCCUUGAACUGCUGUUCGAGGAUACGAAUGAGGAAACCUCAGUCGAAGAACAACGGGAUGCGGAGAAGUCCGGGCAAUGGGAAGCCCACCACAAGUCUACCGAAGUUCCUCAAUACAAGGAUCUCAUCGAAUUCCUGCGUACGCAUCUGAUGGUUCUACAGUCGUUGGUGCCUUCGAAAUCUCGUUCGUCCGAUUCUCCCAAAUCGGAACUAAACCGACCGUUGAUAUUCUCGAAAAUUAAUACAGUCCACACCGUAACAAAUUCGACGCCUGGUUCCUGCCCGUUCUGUUCGAAGAAUCCACACUCACCAUUCAAAUGCGAUACGUUCCUGAAGAUGGCCGUGUCCCAACGCUUUGACCAAGUGAAGAAAAAGAACCUGUGUAUAAACUGCCUCUCCUUCUUGCACCUUCUCAGAGGUUGCUCGUCCAGCGGAUGUCGAGUCUGCAACCAGAAGCACCAUACUAUGCUCCACCAACCUCCUAGCGAUCGCUCGCCCUCCCAACAGAAAGCAAACACACCCUCUGUUGAAGGCUUGAGUUCGCAAUCGGCGAAUCAGCCACACUCCUCGAAUCAGUCUUCCUCGCCAGCUCGGUCCUCCUCGUCGUCUGAAACCCAACCACCAGCCGCCUCUGCUGCAGUUUCCAGUCUCGUUUCCACCACUCUCGUGGGUAGUAGUCGAAGAGUUCCUGCAACAGUUCUGCUGCAAACCGCCAUCAUCAAGGUUUUCGACUCCGAUGGAAACACUCUAUGGGCCAGAGCACUAUUGGAUCCUGCAUCACAGCUAUCGUUGAUCACCGAGAGCAUGGUUCAGAAGCUGAAACUGCAACGCUUUCCCAGUCGACAGGAGAUCAAGGGCCCAUAUAGCCGAGGGUCACACUGCACCGAAUACGCGGUCGUAGAACCAUGUCACAUCUUGAAGAAAAUCACUCGUGAACUCCCAGCCAAUGCAGUUGACUCCUCCCAGUGGAAGAUCCCGCCUGGUAUUACCCUAGCGGACCCGAAGUUCCACGAACCUGGUGCGAUAGAUUUGCUGCUGGGGAUGGAACUUUACUACGAAUUGCUUCUGGAGGGAUUCAUAAAACUUGGCCCCGAACAACCGGCUCUUCAAAACACCGUUUUUGGCUGGGUAGCUGCAGGAAGGGUAGGAAUCCAGCCUCAUCGAAACCAGCGGAAGGUUGCACAUGUUUGCAGCACGGGGGAUGCCGAAGACUCGAUCUCUCGUUUCUGGGAACUGGAAUCUUGCUGGUCACCCAGCACUAAAUCGCCGGAAGAAACUUCCUGCGAAGAACACUUUGUAGCCACCACAUUUCGUGACGAAUCAGGCCGAUUCGUAGUUACUCUUCCAAAGCGCUCUGAUGUUCUGGCUCAGCUCGGCCGCUCCAAGGAAAUAGCUGUUCGUAGAUUCCACGCCCUCGAACGUCGCCUCGAUUCCAACCCAAAUCUUAAGGAGGCCUAUUCUGCCUUCAUUUCGGAGUAUCUACAACUCAACCAUAUGCGGGAAAUUGAAGACACCGAUGACUGUUCCCUAUCCUACUACCUUCCGCAUCAUGGUGUGGAAAAGUUAGACAGUACAACUACCAAAUUAAGGGUAGUCUUCGAUGCCUCCUGCCGGACGGACUCUGGCAUGUCGUUGAACCAAGCGCUGAUGGUGGGACCUGUCGUACAAGACGAUUUGUACGCAAUAUCGCUUCGCUUCCGAAUGCGUCAACACGCCAUCAUUGCCGAUGCGGAAAAAAUGUAUCGGCAGGUUCGUCUGCAUCCAUCCGAUUACCCGCUGCACCGUAUUCUUUGGCGGAGGUCCUCCUUGGAGCCUCUCAAAACGUUCGAGCUCACCACCGUUACCUAUGAUACGGCUUCGGCGCCGUACUUGGCCACCAGGUGCCUCCUCGAGUUGUCCAAGCAAGGAGCAAACGAUUUCCCUCGAGCUGCGGAGGUUUUGGCCGAGGACUUCUAUAUCGACGACAUGCUUACAAGUGUCGACGACGAAAGCGAUGGAGCAGAACUCUGCAUCCAACUUCGGAAGCUGUUACACUCUGGCGGCUUCAGUUUGCGAAAAUGGGCAUCCAACUCCGAAGCCAUUUUGUCGAUCAUUCCGCCGGAAUUACGUUCGAUGCUGUGCUUGGAGACACCGUCAACCAUCAAAACUCUAGGACUGAUCUGGGAACCAUCCACGGAUCUGCUCCACUAUUCCGUUUCAAAAUGGUCACAAACGGACGCUCGGAGAUUCGAAAAGGCAGAAAAAGGUCAGCCUACCACGUCUGGAACUAUCAGCGGCUCUACUCUUGGGCCACCUUUACCACAAGGUCAACACUAG